CGUCACCUAUGCGCUUGGCGCGAAAAUAAAUAACAAAUUUCGAUAUUUAAAAGUUUUCGCAAAGUGUAGCUGUGUGAUACGGUGCUAAGUUUUGGGGAUAUUUUGUGUUAUUGUAUGGUUUAAGGAGUGUAUAUGUGUGUAAUCGACAGUGAAAUUUACGAUCCAAACCCAAGGCUCGUCACACCCAGCUGAACUGGCCCGGCACACGCGAUAAUAAACUUUAUGCCCACGGGGCAGAGUCGUAAAUAGACAUGGUCGCAGUCAAACCGCUGGACUGGCGUUUCAUGCAUUGUUUAGUAACGUGAACGUGAAAAAGAUGCCGCCGCCGCAUCGGGACACCGUUUUAGCCAUAUCUCUCUUAAUAUGCUUAAGUAUAAUCUUAGGAGAAGCGAAAAAAGACACAUAUACACCCAUCUGCCCAAUAGGCUUUGACCUGGCUUACACAGGUUAUGAAAAGCCGAUCUGUUACCGACUGAAAGGCUCCGAAGCUUUUAAAGAUAUCUUCGAAGACUGCGCAGGAAACCUCUACACAUCAGAGCUAUACCAUAGUCUUAACAUCACAAAACCUAACGUAGAACUAUGGUCCGGGCACAAAUCGCUAUAUCCGGGGGGUCCUUUCAUAGAUUGGUCUUUCUCUCCGUCAAUCGGAAAAGUUCUAACCAGUACUUAUGACGUGAAGUAUAACCCUUCUUUAGGUAUAGACGAAGAGCUGUGUGUAGUGAUACAUCCUGUCAACAAUUUCACAGCUGUAAGAUGCACUGAGAAGCAUUAUAGAUACUGCAUGGUAGAACCCUAUGAAGAUACGUUAUCAAAAUGCGAAGAACUGACUGAUUAUUAUAGGUUUUGGAGUCCAAAGGCUACUUGCCUGACUCCCGUUACAGUGAAAGGUGGGAAGGUUAGAGCAAGUUGGAGCCAAGCUCAAUUAUUAUGUUCUAAGCGUGGAGGGUCGCUUCUACAUCGAGGGUGGCGGUAUGCCAAUAAUCCUUUGCUCCACAUUAACAAGACAGACUGGAUUGAUCCUUUGGGCGUGGAGGCGACGGCGGGGGAUGAGUUGAGAUGGGUUAUCGAUGAAGAUGGUAAUGAUAAAGUACCUGACUCAGAAAGUCUGAGUUUAGAGGUGGAUGAAUAUUUGAGUAACAAUUCAUUGUUGGCGUUACGAGACAACGCCUGGCAUCUAGUCAACAGCACUUACAUAUUCAUGGAUGUCAUCUGCGAGAGGUCAAUACAUCUGAGGAAUGUCAGUUUAAACCUUACUGUUGAAGGAGACCAUGUUAUCCUUUCCGUAAACGACUCGGUCGACGAGUCCAACAUCCACUGCUACACCGACGCCAUCUUAUAUUCCCCGACCAACAUCAGUAAGAUAGCCCUCGACGACAACAAGUACAGACUGAAGACCGUGUCUGACGGCAUGUACUGGUGCAUUCACAGGGAUUCCAGAAACUUCCGGGUGUCCCAGUCCAAUAAGGUCCUCUUCGUCCGCGAGAAACACGUUGAAAACCUCUACGCUAUCAAAAUAAGACUGAGAGGAAGAUACAGAUUCGAAAACAUCGACAAGCAAUACAGAAUCUGGGAGAGAAAAGUCAAAGAAUACAUCUAUUAUAGAACAAAGUACGUGGAAAGAUUCGGAGAGAUCACCACCACUAAUGGCCAUGAGGCUGAGGGACUCCUUCAAAGUUACAAAAGAUCUACUGGAGAUGACUCUGGUGAAGGGUCUUUUAAAGAGACUGAUGUUAUAUACAUGGUGAAGAUAAAGAGAUUGUUUCUGGAUGGAAGGACUGUACUACUCCAUGUGCAGUUGAAUCCGACGAUGAAGGUCGUGCCUCCAGGGUACUGGGAGGGUUUGGAGGUGAUGUACAUGAGACCGGCGUUCUUUUGUGCUGGUGAUGGGUUGCCGGGGAUUAAACGAGUGGCGUUAGGCCAGUCCGUGAUCACCACCGGCUGCCGGAACCACACCUGCACGGGAGACUUCAACACCGGCGUCUCAUUUGUCAUCACCCAAGCCGACGACUGCUCCAUGCCGUCAAAGACCGUCACCACCAAGGAUACUAACAUUACUGUUUUCAUGCCGACAGCUGAGCCGAAAACUACUACAGUUCUUAGCGAUGGCAUGGAGAGAAAUCAGGAUGACAGUCUCGAAUCCACUCAAAGCACCCGGUGUACCGAAGAAGUCACAACCGCCGAACCUACAGAAUUAACCACAUCAUAUAGUAAUGAAGUGACUACGGAAGAAGUGGCUACUACAGAACAGGUGUCUACGGCCAGACCUAUCAUUCCAACGUUCAUCCCACGGCCACCCUCCACUACACCUGAACCGCCGACACCUGAACCGACUACUACUACUACUGAGCGACCUCUUCUACCGGAAGAACAGUUACAGCAAGUGUUGCACGACUUGGAAGCAAUAAUCAAUAAUGACACCAUUUCCAUUAUGAUGGACACCGCCAGCGACGCUGUUGAGCAGGUGGAUGCACUCCUGGAUAUGGAAGAUGAAUUAGAGAUCCCCGGUCAACUGCUUCACCUGGUCGACGAACUGGCCGCCAGAGUCGACCUGAACGGUUCCCAUCAAGCGCAGGCCAUCGCCAACAACAUAGCCAUGCUUAUGGCUGACUCGAGUCCGGAGAGUCCGGUGAAAGGACUCAGGAUAGCUGCCCAGGGUACUGGGGAUGAGGUGUUCUCUGCUGAUGCCUUUGAGAUUAUUUCCGAAGAAGUGAAUGCCACCCACCUAUACGUCGAUGAGAGCGAAGCAGUCGUUCACCUUCCAGAAUCAGUCACCAACUCAUCCCGUCGCAUUAGCUUCGUUGUGUUCCGAAAUGACCGCGCCUUCAUGUCUAGUCAUGGGCUCUAUUCUGUCAAUAGCAGAGUCCUUAGCAUCAAGAUUGAAGAUCUCACCCAGUUUGCUGAUGGGGAAGUAAUAGAUAUCCAUCUCCGACCAUUAGCAGGCGACCUUGAACGUAACCAAACCCGCAGCUGCGCCUACUGGCACUUCCUCGACGACAACUCCGGCUACUGGUCACAAGAUGGCUGCACUUUCAUCCCGUCCUCCCAAUCCGGCCAGCUGGACACCUGCCGCUGCGACCACCUCACCCACUUCGCUGAGGUCCUGGUACCUAAGACUGUCUUCUCAGAGCGAAACGAAGCGGUUUUAGAAGUACUUUCCAUCAUAGGAUGUGUUCUAUCUAUCUUUGGGCUACUUUGCGUUGGUAUAACAGCAGCUAUAUUCAGGUCCUGGAGAAGAGACUUCAGUAAUAAGAUUUGGUUGCAACUCUGUAUUGCAAUCUUCAUUCUAAUAGUCUGUUUCUUAGUUGUAGUGUUCGCCCAUUUCGAUCACUACGACGUUACAUGUUUGUUAGUUGGUGUCCUAUUGCAUUAUUCCGUUCUAGCAUCGUUUUGCUGGAUGCUUGUGGCAGCUGUUUUGUCAUACAGGAGACUAGUUUUAGUUUUCACUAGGGAUGCGUCUCAUAAGUUGUUGAGAGCUUCGGCAUUUUCUUGGGGGACUCCAUGCGCUAUAGUAGGGAUACUUCUUGCCGCUAGUCCACAUGCCUAUUCAGGUCAGUUUGAGGAGAUGUCUCCCAGUUCAAGCUUCUGCUAUCCAUCCGGACUUGGACUUUGGUUGACGGUCUACGCGCCUAUAGCUAUCAUGUUACUCGCAAACUGGAUGCUAUUUGUUCUAAUAGUUCGUUCCGUGUUUGCUUCUAGAAGGAUCCAAAGACACGGCGAUUCUAAUGAAGCCUUAAGAUGUGCUUCGGUCAGCUGUCUCUUGGUCUUCCUAUUCGGUUUACCCUGGAUUUUCGGUCUAUUUGCUUCAAACAUUGUCGCGGCGUAUCUUUUCACGUUGACUGCGACUUUCCAAGGUUUCGUUCUCUUUAUUUUCUUCGUGUUGGGGAAUAAAAAGACUAGAGAUUUGUGGUUGAACAAGCUGAAAAUCAAGCAGACCCAGAAGAUACCGGUCACGUCGUCAACUUAUACUAAUAAUAAGAGCCAGAACUCUGGCUCGGAGUGGAGGAAAGGACGGUCAACUCCUGCCACUAUUGAAGCUAACGCCUCCAAGCCUAGGUCACUCUCUUCUCCUGAUGAAUCCAGGUUUUCUUGACAGAGAUGAGAAAUCAAAAAGUUCACAGAAGUUAUCUUUAGAGGACCUUGCCAGUUCCUGUCCUACCUCUGCGUAUCCAAAAUCUUCUUUUGGUAACUUUUUCCUUUGAAAGUUAACUAUAAGAUGUAUCGUCUCGAAAAAUUAACUCGAUCGACUUGUAUUCGUGUAAAUUCUAGAUUGUAAGUGACUUCAGUAUUAAUCUUAUUUCGUUGGCUUUAUGUUAUUCGCCUUAAAGAAGUGUGAUUGAAACCAUUAGCCAAUCAAUGGACAUAUAGGUAAACACAAAGUUAAUUAAACACGGCCAUCUCUUAACGAAAUUAGUUUUUUGAUAAAGCGAAAAUUGAAGCAUAAACUUCCUAUAACAAUUUUUAACUCGCAGCAGUCGCAACCGUGUGGAAUACGGGUAAAUACUGUUUUUGACAACGGGCUGGGGUGGAAGUGUUUUUUUUCAAAAAGAGACUGCAAAGAGUCAAAGAGAGACUGGAAACGUUGCGAGUUCGAAUUUCGGUAGCAACGGUUUUUUUCCGGUUUUCACAGACACGCUCGACACGCGUAAUUACAUUCAUGUACGACAAGAAAACCUUGCACAACCUUAAUUGUUUGGAUGUAUUAUGUAUUGUAUGUAGGAUGUAGAAAUAUUUCAUAAGUCUUUAUCUAGUCUGAAAAUGGUUUUAGCUGUUUCAUUUUCGUAACUUUCACUUGUUUUAAAUUUUCUUCGUUCGCAGCAAAGAGUUACCAAAUAUUAAACUAUUUAUAAUUAAAAUUCGUAUUAGUUGUUAGGUAUUAAAUGCAAUUACCUAUUCAGUAUUUUUAUCAAUAUUAAGGGGAAAAGUUUCUUGUAAAUACACAUUUUUGUAAACAUUAGUUUUAAACAUUUAAAUGUAAGAGAAAUGGACUGUACAGACAGAACAAACUAUUAGAAUAUACGGAAAUAUUUAUUUAAACUAUAAAGUUAAUGGUUAGAUGUAAGAAUUGAGGCAUUUAAUGUUGUAAUUGGAAUAAAGUUGUACCAUUUACUUUAA